GCCUAGGUACGUUUGUGGCGCUGCGCAGUGUUUGACGUGAAACUGAGAGUAGAUACUAAGACAUAGGUAGUACUGUGUCUACCUCGGGUAGCGUCCAUGGUUACAGAAGACAGCUCUGUAGCAGAUCGAAGUUGAGGCGCUUCAUAGGGUCCGUCGCCAGGCACGCAAACGUUGCCCCAGAUAGAUUAGACCCUGAUCUGAGAUUUCAUCUGAUGAGAUUAACCUGCAUCUCCGCAUGGGACCUCACCAUCGCAUCUCCGAAUACUACUACUACAGCACUGCCAUAUUAUUUUAGCCAUUCCGCAAGCUGAUCCAUCAAGUAUCCGUCUUUUACGUUUGUAUUCUUCGUCUUACUGCCGCCGAAGCCAUCGAGAUCAUCUGCCACCAAAAUGACUUCCAGACCAGCUGCGCGGCUGCUUCAAAGAGCGCUUGCUUCUACUAGACCACAUCGAACAAUUCGCCAGCAUCAAACAUUUUUCGUUGUUCGCCCUCGGUCUUCGAGUCUACAAAUCUACCAGAAUCAAUUUUCUCGAAGUCGCCUAUCUGCAUUCCAUACUUCCUCAUGCCGGCGCGCCCAGUCACCUACGGCAGAUGCUUUAAUGGAACAUCUCACCGAACUAUACUCGACCGCCAAGGACGAAUUUGAAAUUGCUGCAGAGGAGACAGAAAAGAAGACAGUGUACGCCGCCGAUGACCGCGAGGCAGCACAAGAAGCAUUGAAGGCGCUUAAGGAUGCGUUUGAGAAGGCGGUUAAGGAGAGCAACCCGGAAGUCGGGAAAGAGAUCCAAAGUCGAGUGGGCCAAAGAAUAAGAGAAUUGGAGAAUGCGGUCAAGGCUAUGGAAGAAAUGGCAAUGGAGGACUAGGCUGGAGGCUUUUCGCCAUAUAGACCUGAUGCCAUGAGUUGUGUCAGCCAAGGGGCCUGGACAGCCUCCGUUUCCUUACAUUGGUGGCCCUUGAGACUACGAAUGUUCAAUAAACAUUUACCAUGCUCUGCUCAACUUGAUGGAGUCCCUGUCUGCAGCAGAAAUGGACGUGUGCAAUCGCGCCACGGUGUCUCGGAAAAGAGAUCAACCGGGAAUGUUGCGCGCUGGCCAUUGCUGUGGGCUUUACUCUUACGGAAAGGCUGCAGCCAUCCAGGCGUAUGACCAUGCUGUAGUAAAAUGCUGCUGGCGUAGCCAUCAACCGUGUGACGCAAGAGCACAGAAAAGCGCCACACAGAAUAAACAAAUGCAAGUUAUUCAACCAUGGAAUUCAGGUACAGACAUGUCUUU